AUUGUUGCUAUCCUGCGCUAGCUUUGUCGUUUCUCUCUCUCUUUCUCUCUUUCUCUCUCUCCUGUGUCUUUGCCAGAGAUUUUACACAGGUAAUCUUGGAGAGAGAGAGAGAGAGAUAUGAUUUGAAGAUUGGGUUUUGUUGUUUGAUGCUGUUAGAGGAGUGAUCUGAGAGAGAGAGAGAGAGCCAAUUUUUGAGCUUGCUUGGUUGGUGCUUGGCAAUGUGAUGUCAAACUCAGAGAUCUGUGUUGGGUUUUAGAGUUGUGGUUGAUUUUUUUUUUCUUCUUCAAGGGCCAGUCUCAUGGCUGGAAGUAAUGAAGUUAACCUUAAUGAGUCCAAGAUGGUUGUUCCAUUGAAUACAUGGGUCCUCAUCUCCAAUUUCAAGCUGAAAUACACUCUUCUUCGUCGCCCGGAUGGCACUUUCAAUCGCCAUUUGGCAGAGUACCUUGACCGGAAAGUGACUGCCAAUGUGAAUCCUGUUGAUGGGGUCUUCUCUUUUGAUGUUCUUAUUGACCGUGAAACUAGCCUCCUUCUCAGAGUUUAUCGGCAAGCUGAAAUUGAAGGUCUGCCUAGUAUCGUCGAACUGGAAAAGCCCUUGAGCUCUGAUAUUGUUCCGGUCAUAAUUUUCUUCCAUGGUGGAAGCUUUGUGCACUCCUCUUCAGAUAGUGCCAUUUACGACACUCUUUGUCGCCGCCUAGUGGGCAUUUGUAAGGCUGUUGUGGUAUCAGUGAAUUAUCGACGAGCACCUGAAAACCGUUACCCUUGUGCCUAUGAUGAUGGCUGGGCUGCUGUUAAGUGGGUUAGUUCAAAGCCAUGGCUUCAAAGUCGAAAAGAUUCAAAAGUUCAUAUUUACUUGGCUGGAGAUAGUUCUGGUGGUAAUAUUGUUCACAAUGUUGCUGUAAGAUCCAUAGAAUCAGGCAUUGAAGUAAUGGGGAAUAUACUUCUCAACCCAUUGUUUAGUGGGCAGAAAAGAACUGAAUCGGAGAAACGAUUAGAUGGAAAAUAUUUUGUCAAAAUUCAAGAUCGCGACUGGUACUGGAGAGCAUUUCUUCCUGAAGGAGAAGACAGGGACCAUCCAGCAUGUAAUCCAUUUGGUCCCAAUGGUAUAAGCCUUGAAGGCAUCAAGUUCCCCAAGAGUCUUGUUGUGGUGGCUGGUUUAGAUCUUAUUCAGGACUGGCAAUUGGGUUAUGCCGAGGGGCUAAAGAGGAACGGCCAAGACGUGAAGCUUCUAUAUUUGGAACAAGCAACUGUUGGGUUCUACUUGUUACCCAACAAUGAACACUUCUACACUGUUAUGGAUGAGAUACGUAAUUUUGUUAAUCCUGAAUUGUCAAUAAACGUUACUUACUGACAGGGUAGCAAUACUUAAGAAGCUUGACAUGUCGGCACGUGGGCUAUCUUCAUCGGAAGGGCUUUGUUUGCUGUAAGAUUAAUUAGUACUACUGCUUAACUCUGUAGUUGGUUGUGUUAUUGUUAUUGUGCUCCAGUGGGUCUGGUUCAUCUUCGGUGAGAGAUGGCUGGGCUGGGUUUGGUUGUUUGUUGAAGAAGGCAAGCGGUUCAGCAUGUAGCUGGCUGGAUUGGGAGGCUCUGUUUCUUUUGCCACUCCGGUUUUUGGAACUUGAGUAAUAUGGUGUUAUGUAAGUAGUUAUAUAGGCCGGCAAAGCCAUCUAACUAAGUUUAGCAGAUCCACCAAUUCAAAAUUACCCACCCUUUCUGAGUGUUGGUGACGGAAGAUAGCAAAACAAAAGUGUGGGGGAAAUGUUUGGUGGCUGAUCAAUCUGAGGUCGGUGCUAGCUAACGUUAUAUAACUAAUUAUAUGAGAUGGAUGGGAAAACAUCCAUUGUGUUAUAUAUUUGUAUGCUGUUUAUAGAUAUAUGUUCCAGAAUUAUAUAUAAAGUUGUUUGUUUAUCUACUAUGGUUGGUGGUU